AGCGAGCCCGGGUAGCACCGUGCGCACCACGCACCCACCACCUCCGUCUCCCGACCUCCAAUCGGUUUGCGUGUGUAGCCGUUCCUUGGACCGAGGAGCGGGCACGAGUGCUGAGCUGUCUUGCGCCGCCGCGGGCACAACGGCGGGGGUAGGUGUGCGACACUCGCCGUCUGUACACGUGUCUGCUCGUCGUGCGCACGUCCCGACACCAAGGGGAAGGGGGGGGGCCAGCACGCAAGGCCGACUCUAGUGAGGGGACUGUACUACGCGCGCAGCUCGUUGUCGCACUAGCAGCGGCGCCGAAGGUCAGUUUCACGCUACCGCCGCCAGUCCGCUCUAACACGGUCGCGCUGUGCUCGCGUGUUUCCCCGUCCCCUUCAUUCCAUAGCCGACGCGGCGGCAGCCGCCGGCCGCUCUCCAUAGCCAAGUGCGGCGGCGCAUCUGCGCCCUCCUUCACUCCAUAGCCAAGGCGUGAACAGUCGAGGCCGGCGGCCAUAGCCAGGCAACCAUGGCAGUCGCCACGGUGUCAGGCUUGGUGGCAGGAGUUCUGCGGCUGUCGGUUUCCGAUCCUGUCUCCUCCCCCACACAGAAGGCGCGCUCCUGCUCUGUUAGGGCAUCAUCAUCGCCGAUUGGUAGCUACACGGGAUUGAGAGCAGAUUCUUCCCGCCAAAAUCCCUCGUCCUCGUUCACGAGUGUGAGAGAGAGGGGGGCGGCGUCUCCUCCCUCUCCCUUCUCUCUUGGCCAUGGGUUGACCAUUCGAUGCGCGCGAAUUGCUGGCGUGGAGGUUCCUAACAACAAGAGAAUCGAAACGUCGCUUCAGUACAUCCAUGGCAUCGGUUUGACGACCGCAAAGGCAAUCCUUGCAGAUACCAACUUGCUCAAUAAACGAGUUAAAGAUAUGUCGGAGGAAGAAUUGACCGCAGUUCGGGAGGAGGUUACCAAAUACAUGGUGGAGGGUGAUUUGCGGAGGUUUAACAAUCUGAACAUCAAGCGAUUGAAGGACAUCCGAUGCUAUCGAGGGAUGCGACAUAUCAACAAUCUUCCGUGCAGAGGGCAGCAUACCAAAUGCAAUGCGCGCACCAGGCGAGGGAAGAAGGUCACUGUCGCUGGCAAGAAGAAGGCGCCGAAAUAAGCGGGUCAGCGAUGGUGGCAGCUGGCUGGCUGGUCUGAGAUGGGGCCGGUUUGCGGGUUCUCUGCUGGCAGUUGAGAGUUGGGGUUGGGGGUGAUGUGCUAUAGUUCUUCCCCUGAUGAGGCUAUGUGGCUUGCUGCUCGUUUGUCUAAAUGGUGGUGGAUCGUCAACCUAUACCUGGCUGUGGCUAUUCUGUCGCUAGUUGGCUGUAUGGCUAUUUGGGUCGUUGGCUAUUUGGUUAUGUGGCGGUGUAGCUAUGUUGCUACUUGGCUGAGUGGCAAUGUGGCUAUUUGUCUACGUGGUCCGUGUGUCCCUAGGCAGAUGAUGCGUCUACGUGGCUAAUUGGCUGUCUGGCUACGUGGUUAUCUGGCUGUUUGGCCAUUUGGUUAUGUGGCUAUGUAGCUAUUUGGCUAUAUGGUUACGUGGCUAUUUGGCUAUAUGGUUACGUGGCUAUUUGGCUAUAUAUGGUUACGUGGCUAUUUGGCUAUAUGGUUACGUGGCUAUUUGGCUAUAUAUGGUUACGUGGCUAUUUGGCUGUAUAUGGUUACGUGGCUAUUUGGCUAUAUGGUUACGUGGCUAUAUGGCUAUAUGGUUACGUGGCUAUUUGGCUAUGUAUGGUUGCGUGGCUAUUUGGCUAUAUAUGGUUACGUGGCUAUUUGGCUACGUUGGUCAUGUGUUUCUGGACUGGUUAUGUAUCUACGUGAUACGUGGCUAUGUGACUAUUUGGCGACGUUGCUCUGUGGCUAUUUGGCUAUUUGGCUAUUUGGUAUGUGGCCGUAAAUGGGCUGUUCCAUUCAGAAAUGUUUAACUCUCCGGCCAUGGGUUCCGGCUGGCUAGCUAAAUAGCUGGGGGGCUAUUUAGUGAGUAUGCUAUGCCUGUUGGGCUGUUUGGUUAUUUGGGUUGGUGGCCCAUACAUAGAAUCUCGGGACAUGAGAAGAUUCCAUAUCUGGCGGCGAUUGCGCCUCAUACAUAGACAUUUCAAGGAUCCCAGCAAGCGAGGGAAUGGGUGUGGGUCAAGGAGGAGCCCACUGUAGGUAGAGUGUCCGAGAGAGAAUGGCAGGGAGGGAGAGGUAUGGAGAGGGACAAAGGAAAGAACGGAGAGGAGAGGAGAAACAAACGCAGAGGCGGGAGGAAUCAAAAAGAGAGGGACUCGGUUGGUUAACGUAUGGGAGGGGCCCUUGAAACGUUUAGUCAGUGACACGUGUCACUUAAACGAGUCAUAGGCAUCGGAUUGAUUGCGACCAACCGAGGUAUGUGCAUACGUGGCGUAUAGAGAUUUCCUGAUAGGAGUUAAAGAGAGUUAGUGUUGUUCAGUUCUAAACCAAUUGUCCAUUUCCUUGUUAACAUAUUUGUGUUGAUCGAUUUUUUUGCCGACUUUUUCUGUGCAUUCGUGCGUGUGUAUAUUCAUCUUUGUGUGUGUGUGUGUGUGUGUGUGUGUGUGUGUGUGGGGUGUGUGUGUGUGUGUGUGUGUGUGUGUGUGUGUGUGUGUUCGCGCGCAGGCAUUUCAACG